GUCCUUGCACUAUGCUUAAUGGUUAUUCCCCUAUUUUUAUUCGCAGCGGGCACUAAUCUACCAAAACCCGCUUCGGGGCCCGAAAUGCGCGGGUCUGACAGGUGAAGAGGAUUGGAAAACGUGAUAGUUUGACAGCCCCAAAGGCUGCAAAACAUUUGAUUAGUUCUGAUAAUAUGGUUGUAGAAGGCCGGGUUCCUGGAUUAUCAAUUAUUAUUUCAAGUUUUUUAUUUUUCUAAAGACGUUUGCGCUGAAAAAUGAGAUUCCUUUGUCUUCACGGGAAAGGGACCAGUGGCCGCAUCUUUAAAUCGCAAACUGCUACAUUCCGUAAGCUUCUCCCAGACACCUACGAGUUCGACUUCGUCAACGGCCCUUUUUCCGAUGGCCCUGCUGCGGGGAUCGACCUAUUCCACCCACCGCCAUAUUAUAAGUUGUACGAACACCUCACGCUCGAAUCGCUACAGCAAGGUUACAAGUGGCUUCUUGCGUACAUCAAUGAAAAUGGCCCAUACGACGCCGUCAUGUGCUUCUCCCAAGGGUGCUCCAUGGCUAGCUCACUCCUCCUCUACAACCAGUCACUGUAUCCGAAUUCCCCACCGCUCUUCAAAGCCGCCAUAUUCAUAUGCGGCGGCGUUCCCCUCGACGUCCUCGCAUCGCUCGGAGUUGAGGUAACUGCCGAAGCUCGCGAUCUGGAUCGGUCAUCCAAGGUCGCCCUACAACAACAAGCAUCCACCGAGGCCAUCCUCCGCAAUGGACGUGAGCGCUGGGGCUCAGGGCUUAAUGAUUACUCUACCUAUCAAACGGAGGGAUUCGACAAGCGAGGGAUGGUAUUCGGGAUUGAUGUGGCGCGUAUCCCCCGCCAAAUGAAGAUUCAAAUCCCGACAGUGCAUGUCUAUGGGGCGAAGGAUCCGCGAUUCCCGGCAAGCAUAACGAUGGCACAGUUUUGCGAUGAGACGGUUCGGAGGACGUUUGAUCACGGCGGCGGGCAUGAGAUUCCCCGCAAGCGGGACGUUUCUAAAACUAUUGCAGAGCUGGUGGAGUGGUGUGUUCUGAUGGCAACAGAAGGAGAGUAAUGAUAAGUAUACAAGAAAGAUUGAACGUUACAG